GGCUGCGAUGUUGCAUUGAAAUCUUUUAAUAAUAAUAAAACGACUUUGAAGAAUAUUGUAAAAGAGAUAAAAUUACAUAAAGAAGUCGAUUUUCAUUCAAAUAUUAUACGAAUUUUUGGAAUCACAAGCGAAGAAACCGAUACUGAUAAUGAUGCGAGAAUAUUAAACUUGAGAAUAAUAAAUGGAGAAAGAGAAACAAUCAUUAGUGGAACUCCUAUGGAAUAUAGUAAUCUAUAUGAACAAUGUUGGAAAUAUGAACCGGAUGAACGUCCAAGUAUACAGGAUGUUGUUUCAACUCUUAAAACGAUUAUUUCUUCAAAAAAAAUUGAGAUGGAAGUUUUACAGGAUCAAAAUCCUGUUCUAUCGGAUUCAAUAGAUCCUUUAAAUAAUUCCUCAAGUCAAAUUAUAAAUUGGAAUCAAAAAAAUCAAAAAUCUGGAUUUGAAUAUACUUUUGUACUUCUUCAAAAAGAUAUCAUUAUUUAG